GGAUAGAAUAGGCACUAUGGUUGACAUUGGACCUUCCACGUGUACUAACGUGCAUGAUCCUGCUACUUUAUUACUUCCUCUACCCCUCCCCUUUCAAGAAAAUGUGAAAUUUGUUCUCUUAUUAUUAUUAUUUUUUUUGUUUGAGUGCUAAUGGAUUCAAGAAACAAUUCUCUGAGUACGAGUUCUUUGAGAUUUGCGGAGAAGAUCUGCGCGUUGGUGAUUCCAAUUGUAGCAAUAUGCGAAGUAUUGAUUUUCGCGGUGUCCGGAUGUUUUGAGUGCAGGCAAUCGUACCGCAGGAAGAAAUUUAUUUGCGAGCAUAAUGAUUUCAGUCGUCUCGCCAGUGAAUCUCGGUUUGCUGUGAAUGAAAUAGAGGCAUUAUAUGAGUUGUUUAAGAAGUUGAGUAGCUCAAUUAUAGACGACGGAUUGAUACAUAAGGAAGAACUCCAGCUUGCACUAUGCAGAGCUCCUUAUGGUGAGAACCUCUUUUUGGAUCGGGUUUUUGAUCUUUUUGAUGAAAAGAGGAAUGGUGUUAUUGAAUUUGAGGAGUUUAUCCAUUCACUCAAUGUGUUCCAUCCGCAUACCCCUAUGGAAGACAAAAUAGAUUUUGCCUUUAAGCUUUAUGAUCUCAGACAAACUGGGUUCAUUGAGCGAGAAGAAGUCAAGCAGAUGGUGAUCGCAAUUCUGAUGGAAUCCGACUUGAAACUUUCUGAUGAUCUUCUCGAGCAAAUAAUUGACAACACAUUUGCUGAUGCUGAUGCUGACAAGGAUGGCAAGAUUAGUAAAGAAGACUGGAAGUCUUUUGUAAUGCAACGCCCAUCACUUUUGAGAUACAUGACUUUAGCCUGCUUGAAGGACGUCACUACUGCUUUCCCCAGUUUUGUUUUCCACACCGAGAUCGAAGAUUGAGAGUUUGCAAAUCAUUUCUCGGACCAGAUAUUAUCUAGAGAUCUGAGUGGAGAUGAUUGCAUCAGGGAUUCCUUAAAUUCAUACCCAGAUGCUUCUCUAAUGCCCUGUUGGGCAGCUCCGAGAUAUAGACAUGGUGGCAACCGCUCCUUCAGACUAUCCUGGGAUCUCAUUAAUUUUUCCAAUACAUCUGUCGGUUUUUUCCAAUUGUACAUACAUUCAAUCGUGUUAUUUUCGUGCAUGUAUCAUUGUUUUCAUACAAGAUUUCAUGUUUUCUACGCUUGAUUAUAUGGACAGAAUGAAUUGCAUUAGGCUAAUGGAGAAUAGUUGUGACGUGUUUCUUGCA